CUAACCAUAAGAAAUGAAUUUUAAUGUCUGGAAUAUCAAAGAGAUGCUCAGUAUUCCCUCAGGCUCUGGGACCACUAAGCCAUCUAGCUGGAAUAAUAAUCAGACUGAUUACUCCAGUCUCAGUGAUUCCCAGUUCCUCUUUGGAUCCCAGUUCUGUCCAGAAAGUUCAGAGACUCUGUCAGCACCCUUGGACAGUGUCCACUUGAGACAACCAAAACAGUCACAACAGAAUUCUCUGGACAGUGAACCUAGUAUUUUCACAAAGUACCAGACAAAACCCCAGCUGUUUGGAGGAGAUACAAACGACAGAGGCUUAUUUCCUCUUCCUUUGUCAGUUGGAAAAUCAAAGGGCCUCUUGGAACAGUUUGAAGAGAAAAAGAAAAGGGCAAAAGACAAAUGUGACAGUGAGACUCUAUACAACUUCAUUUCCCAUAUCAGAGAAAGCAUUCACAGGUUGCAGACAUCUGUGGAAAAGUCUGAGGAACAUCUCAGCUCAAGAAGCCAAUCUAUUUUGGAUUGUUUGGAGACUGUGGCCAAGACAUUACAAGAGACUGUGCGGGCCCAGAGUGAUCUGGUGUUGGAAACAGUGCAUGACAAAGGCAACAUGGAGCAGGUCAUCUUGGAGAUACAGAAGAGAUUUGAAGCUAGACAAGCAGAAUUUAUAGAAAUGAAAUCUGACCUGAAGCAACUUGAAGUUUUAGUUGCCCAGCAGAGUAAGGACUUCCAGCGGCUAUGUGAGCAGCUAGGACAGCUGAAUGUGGCCAGUGUCCUGGCAGAGCUGAAGAGAUUAAUUUCAGCCCCUCGGGGCCCCGCGCACGUGAAAGACAGCACUUCCCAGACCUCACCACCUCUGGCCCAGAGCCUCCAUUUCACCAGGCAGGACACAUAUGCUUCUGAGGAACCAGUUCUGUGGCAGGCUCAGGCCCCCCCUGCUGUACAGAAUCUGAGUAUGGGUUCCCUGCAGUCUGGAGAGUUCGGUGUCUGUGGUGAGGGAGCAAAAAGUGAUGCUCUCCAAGAAGAGGCUGCGCUGAUGGCAGCUGGAACCAGCAAAAGAAACAGGCAAGUCAAGGACAGGGCAGUACAGACCAACUGCAAGAACUGGACCCUUCCUAAAACCAGCUCAGAGAACCAUGGCUCCGGCUUCCCAGGCCCCGAAGUUCCUGGUGGUAGGGACUGGGUUUCCCAAGGAGCCUCAAGGCUUCUACCCCUGGACUUGAACAACUUUGCAACCAGCAUUAAGAACACCUGCCAAAAAUGUCAAACCGAAGGUGUGUCUCCGUGUGACCCUUGUGAACAAAGGUGGGCGGCUGCACAGAAAGGCAGAACCGUGGAAAGGGGGGGGACAGGCAAGAAGCAGCAGCCCAGGAAGUCCCACAGAGGCAGGCUUCUAGCCAGGAAGCAAGAACAAGUCCCUAGCAAAGCCUGUGCUUUCAUUUCUAAAUAUCCUCAGCCUCCAGUUUCUGGCCCACAAAGGCCCCCCCUGGAGCAGCAGAAGCCCCUUGCUCAGCCCCUGCAUCUGAGGGGCCCCAGCAGCCCCACAAAGCCAGUCAGCCCUGUUCUGGGAGGCAUAGUCAGGCGCAGUAAGGUGAUGAGGGCAGCACAAGGGAACAUCUUACAACUCGGUGGGCACUCUUCCCAAGACGACAGGCUGCUUUCCACCAGUUCCCAGGGGGACCACCAGAUGAGCUGGUUCAGCGACCUCAGCCUGGGAAGUUCAGAACCCCCUCUGUGCAGGGAGCCAAGCAAGAAUGUGCCCUAUGACCUGGGUUUUGAUAGCAGUGAUGAUGGCUUCUGACCAGCCCACAAAAUGUCUGCAGCUGAUAGCUUAUUGGUCUCAGCUGGAAAGACAGAUGACAGCGCCCCAGGACUAACAGCAGAAAGCCCCCGAAGCCGAGGGGAGCGCUCGGGCUCAGAGGCCCUGCUGGGGGUCAGGGCGGGAUGGGUCUGGCAUUCUGGGUACCAGGUGCCGCCCAUGACAGGCCUCAGAGCUACACACAUCUUUAUGUAUCGGAGUGAAGCAUGUGAAG